GGAAGACUUUACCCGGAUUGUACAACAAGGACGACCGAAUGGGUCUUAUAGAUUACGACACUGUGAUUCAAGAGUAUGAAAAGCAUAAUAUUGACGAGGAGACAGAGCUGGAGGAAGCCAACGACAAUGUUCUACGUCUACCAAUUAUUAACCAGACAAGAACGCCAUCCGCACCGAGCAGCGCUGGCUCGCCAGAAGCUCAAGUUCAAAUUACGGAAAACGAAAUUGUGAAACUGCCGGAAAUAGGUCCAACAACAAAGGGUGUAUAUUUUUCUCAAUCAAGGAAGCGUAAGAAAAAUGUAGAGGAGCAUGUUAAAUACAAAGAGGAUAAUUUCGUGCUGGUGAGUGGACGAAAGACUAUAGCAGACGACCUUGACAACAAACCGGUAAAGAUCCACGAGCUCACGGAGGCAGAUCUGUACCCUGAGUUCAUAGAGGUGCAAGUACUCGAAAGGGGGCAGUAUUUUGGCGUGAGCAGUCUUGUUUUCCCCGAACAACCAAGUCUUAGUCUCGUCUCCAAUGGCGCCGACUGCAUUCUGAUCUCAAAGAAAGCCUUCAUGGAGCAUUGUGACGAGAAAAUGAUGCGAUAUUUGAGAAAAACAGAAAUCCCAUACCAAACGGACGAUGAAAUGCAGCAGAAACUGAAAGAGCAGGUCGGAUGGGAAUUCCACAGGAACGUUACGUAUUCAAAAACUGCUCAAAAAGUAAUGAACUUGAGAUCGAGAAAGAAGUCAAACAGGCCACAAUAUGCAGGACAAUACAACUUUCGAACUGGGCCGUUUGCGUGACUCAAAGAAGUAUUUCUUGAUUAAUCUAAAGGGGCCUUGAAUAUUGCUCAUCUUGUUGAAUUGGUUCACAUAAUAGAAUUACGUUCGUGAGAUGAUAUGAUUUUUUUUUCAAUACAUAAUUAUACAGUUUGUUUUUCUUUCAAACAUUACAAUUAUAACAUAUAUUUUUGCCUAUAAAUGAAUGGUUAAAUUACAGCACUUGUACGGGGGAUGCAAAAGCCUAAAUCGUGAUGAUAUGUGCAUUAAUAUUUUAUAUUUUUACAUAGUUCUUUGUUGAUGUGGAAGACAACUCCACCAUUAUUGCAAAAAAGUUGAACAAAUUAAAAGAGUGUGGUAAU